AAUAAAUCAAAAUUUCUGUUGAAUAAUUCCCUUUCUUGCUUCUUUUUUAUACACCCUGUCCUUGUUUUCCCGUUUGAGCUAGAACUGAAUCUCAUUCCAAAGAUUCAGCUGUACGUCUUUAGAGAGGGUGGCCGGAUCAAGUCGGAGACUAGCAAGAACAUCAUAUCAAAAAUGAUGAUGAUGGAUUCAGGAGAGAAGCGUCUCAAUGAAUUGGGUUACAAGCAAGAACUCAGAAGAGAAAUGACACUAUUCAAAACGCUGGCGAUAUCAUUUUCAACCAUGACGCUGUUCACCGGAAUAACACCUUUGUUCGGAUCCAGCCUUCAGUAUGCAGGACCGGCAAGUCUUGUAUGGGGUUGGGUGGUUGUCUCCUUCUUCACCUGGUUUGUCGGUAUUGCCAUGUCCGAAAUUUGCUCAUCUUUUCCGACAACUGGUUCUCUUUACUUCUGGGCAGCUCAUCUUGCCGGUCCGAAAUGGGGACCUUUCGCAUCAUGGUGUUGUGCUUGGCUUGAAACCAUUGGCCUUGUUGCUGGAAUUGGCACACAGGCUUUUGCAGGAUCUCAGGUAUUGCAGAGUAUAAUUUUACUUAGUACGGGAACAAACAAAGACGGAGGAUACUUGACACCCAAAUGGCUAUUCUUGUGUAUGUACAUUGGACUUACAAUCAUCUGGGCGGUCCUCAACACCUUCGCGUUAGAAGUUAUCGCGUACAUAGAUAUCAUUUCUAUCUGGUGGCAGGUUGUUGGCGGUACAGUAAUAGUAAUCAUGCUUCCUUUGGUUUCGUUAACAACACAGUCUGCUUCCUACGUAUUCACUCAUUUCGAAAAAGCUCCAGAAAUAACUGGGAUAACAAGCAGCGCAUACGCAGUUGUUUUAUCUCUGCUUGUGAGUCAGUACUCUCUUUAUGGAUAUGAUGCCGCUGCUCAUCUUACAGAAGAAACAAGAGGCGCUGACAAGAAUGGUCCUAUUGCAAUCCUUUCUAGUAUAGGGAUCAUUUCGGUUUUCGGAUGGGCUUACAUCCUAGCCCUCACAUUUAGCAUUCAGGAUCCAAAAUACUUAUACGAUCCGAGCAAUGAGACUGCGGGAACAUUUGUGCCGGCACAGAUAUUAUAUGAUGCAUUCUAUGGACGGUAUCAGAGUGGGACUGGAGCCAUCAUUCUGCUUUUCAUAAUCUGGGGUUCAUUCUUCUUCGGUGGACUGUCAAUCACUACCAGUGCAGCCAGGGUGGUAUAUGCACUAUCAAGAGAUGGAGGGGUUCCAUUUUCUUCCGUCUGGAGAAAAGUUCAUCCAACACGCAAAGUCCCCGCGAAUGCAGUUUGGUUAUGUGCAGCCAUUUGCAUUCUUCUUGGGCUUCCCAUUCUGAAAGUUAAUGUAGUCUUUACUGCCAUAACUUCGAUAGCAACGAUCGGCUGGGUUGGAGGAUACGCAGUCCCGAUUUUUGCGAGGAUGGUGAUGAAAGAAGAGAAGUUCAAACCAGGACCGUUUUAUUUAGGGAAUGCAAGAAGACCGAUCUGUUUUGUAGCUUUCAUGUGGAUAUGUUAUACUUGUUCGGUUUUUCUGCUUCCGACUCUUUAUCCCAUAAGCUGGGAUACCUUUAACUAUGCACCUGUUGCAGUGGGGAUAUUUUUGACGCUCAUUAUGCUUUGGUGGGUUUUGGAUGCAAGGAGAUGGUUCAAAGGACCUGUCAGGAACAUUGAUCAGGGUUCUGAACACGAUGAUAUCAAUGUUCAGAAUGAUGAAAACGAUCUUCAUGUUCGUAUUCGUAAUGGUGUUCAUAAUAUAUGGUUUGUAGGAAAUAAGAUGGGAUUCAUAUACCCAGAUUGAUUUGCUUGUGUACAUCGAUCGUUAUAUAUUAUAGAAACAAAUUAAGCGAAUUCAGAAUAGUUGAAUACUCUGU